CCGGGGAGGAUGGGAGGAGGAGGAGGAGGAGGAUGGAGCCGGCUCGGCUCCGCCGAGAGAUCAGGGCAAAGUAUGAAUCGCUCAUCACCCGAAAUCAGAUAAAGACCGUCAGCUCAGCAAGGACGCAGUUAGAAGAAGAUACAAGUAAAAGAAUGGACAAAGAUGCAGAAGCACUAAAGGCAGCCAGAGCAGAACUGUGCGAAGCCCGACGGCAGUGGCACCACAUGCAGAUUGAAAUCGAGUCUCUCCACGCUGUGGAAAAGGGUUUGGAACGUUCAUURCGUGCCACAGAGCAGCAGUACCACAUGCAGCUACAAAAUCUGGAAGGUGAGAUUGAAUGCUUGGAAAAAGAGCUGCUGGAAGUGAGAAGGGGAAUUGAGAAACAGCUCCGAGAGCACGAAAUUCUCCUGAACACGAGGAUGAAGCUGGAGGAGGAGAUAGCGACAUAUCGCAGUCUGUUGGAGCAAGAAGAAAGCAGGUUCCGUUGCUCAAUACCUGCCCAGAAGGAUGACAAAAAGCCCAGCACUAGCAAGAUAACCUUUACACUGCCUUCAGAUGGUGUAAAGAAGCACAAACCGAAGAAGGUGGAACUGAUGACAAAACAAGCAAUCCUAGAUGGAAAUAUCUUGAAGGAAAGUGCUGAAGCUCAUGGCACUGUACAGACAGAAAAAGUGGAUGAAGUUAUUAAGGAAUGGGAAGGUUCUUUCUUUAAGGACAACCCUCGUUUAAGGAAAAAGUCUGUUUCCUUGCGUUUUGAUCUCCACCUGGCAGCCACGGAUGAAGGGUGUUUGCACACAAAAAAGAAAGCCCUCCCCGAUAUUGAAGUCAGGCUGGUGAUGAGGAGAUCCUGCAGCAUCCCAUCCAUCAAACCUUAACCUCAGCCAAUUCCCCUAACGUGCAUCUACAACGGGCUCCGGAAAUAAACUGUAGAGGGACUCCCAUGGCUGCUGUCUGCUACAACCACAACAUCUUACCAAGCACUUGGAUCAAUACAAUAAAAGCAUACAGGUUGUUCAAAAGAAAGGGUGAAGAGCAAGGAGAUUCCAAGAAACCUGAAUUCUACUAGUUUUAUACCCUGGAUGCAAMCCUUUCAUUUUCUCAUGUUGUUGUUUUCUAGAAUUUCACCAAUAUUAYAAAAAUUAAACUAGAACUUUAUAGAUUGACAUAUUCUGCCUUUGUAAGAGAGAACUUGUUCUCUUUCUGAAAAUGAGAAAUGCAUAUUUGCUUCUCUUAAUUAUUCAAUAUUCCAUUCAUAUAAUGACUGGUGAAUCYUUGCAAUAAUUUAUAUCACAACUGUCAUACUUCUAGAAAUAUAUUUUAAAAUAAUACUUUCUAACAGCAAAAAUUACAUACAAAAAUACUCUUAAAAUACAUGAACUAUUAACAAAGAGUUUUCUUUUAAAAGUGGCUAGUAUUUUUUAAUUCCUUUUUUUUAGGCAAUGACUGAGCAAAAAUGUCUUUCCUCUACAUCCUUACACACCCAUUUAAAAAAUGCUGUUGCAAUCCAGUAUCAUUUUAGCCAUAUUGUUCCCCUGAUUUGGAAGCAGUAAUUUCCCCUGAAAAACCAAUCAUUCUCUUAUUGUCCACACACACCUGUACUACAAAUCUGUUAACCAAAGCAAGUGAAAUUACUCUCUAAUUGUUCAAAUGGGAGGAGUCAGAYAACCAUUUUAAUGCUGGUAUUCCAUUAAUUUUGUUUGUUAUAACAAAGUGCAUUAAAAUUUGUUCAACAAAUUCCUCUUCUGACAAACACUACAGGUAAACGAUGCUCUUCAUGCAGUACAAGUGACAAGUCACUAUUACACCAGGGUACAACUGUA